UGGUUCCUGCAGUUAACCCACGUUACGGCACAUGUGCGCGUCAAAAGCGAUGUGACGCAGGCAAUAUUGCAGGCCAGCUAUAAACACAGAUUAAAACGAUUGAGUUUACCAACGUAUUUUAUAGAUUUAUGCAUGCAAGAAGGGGAUAUUUCUUCAAGGUAUAUAUUUAAGUUUUACAAGUGGACCACAGAAGAGAGAGGCCCAACAGGAUGGCCAGUGUGCUCUGUAGUAGAGCCAGGCUGGUGACAUACCUGCCAGGGCUUCACGUACUUGUCCGGCGGAUCGCUGGACCCAACCAGAGAACAUUCUCUGGUGCUGGAUCCUCUGGCUCUGAUGAGCCUCGAUUAGCCGUCACACCCCCUGACCUUGGUCACAGGACAGUGUGGCCUGAUGAGAACAUGGGUCCGUUCGGGCCUCAGGACCAGCGCUUCCAGCUGCCAGGUAACGCAGGCUUCGACUGCCACCUGGAGGGCACAGCAAAACAGAAAAUUAAAGGCCCAGUCCACCAGACAGUGCCCGAUGUACUGUCUGCCCUCUCCAGCAGCGAGAGGUAUGAGUUCCUCCUGGCUCAUGUUGUCGGAGAGUUCCAAGGGAAAGAGGCCACUCCCCCAGAACAAACGGUCAACAGAACAGAACAGUACUUUGAGAACUCCAAUGUGGAGUGUGCCAUACAGCCCUGCCCUGAGCUGCUGAAGAAAGAGUUUGAGUCAAUGUUCCCUGAGGCCCCUAACAACAUCAUGACGGUUGUCACAGUGACCCAGAAGACGCAGAAUGACAUGACAGCGUGGUGUGAGGCAGUGGACAAAGAGAGGGAGUUGAUGCUAGAUGAAUUUGUUGCUGGUGCCAAAGAGAUCUGUUAUGCCCUGAGGACAGAAGGCUUCUGGGCUGACUUCAUCGACCCAUCGUCAGGCAUGGCGUUCUUUGGGUCGUACACCAACAACACACUGUUCGAGACCGACGAGCGGUACUGUAACCUGGGCUUCAGCAUCGAGGACCUGGGCUGCUGCAAAGUCAUCCGCCACACCUUGUGGGGAACACAUGUUUUUGUGGGGACCGUUUUCACCAACGCACCUCCCGAUAGCCAUAUCAUGAAGAAGCUGCAAGGGAACUUAACCUGAAUGAUGGGAGAGUGUCUGGCAUGUGGUUGCUAUUAUACCUUGAUGUGUCAUGGCUCUACACAGGCCUCAACUACUGUUUGGAGAGUUUGUUGUUCACAUUUCUAUAGAAACCCUCAAAAUAGUACUAUGGUGAAAUAUCCACACACAUGGUCCCUGAGGGAAUUACCAUUAGAGUAUAUGUAUUUUUUUGUGUCUAUGUGCCAGACAGUGUUUUUUGCCCUUCGGUGUGUUGUGGUUGAAGGCCUGAUUUUGAAAAGGGUCUCUCUUGCAAAAUAGAUUUUUAUCUCAGAGACUUAACUGUAGAAAUAAAGGUUAUAUUGAAUGUGAAAUAGAAAGUGGUUAAAGGUGGGUUGACUCUGUCCAGUUAGUAGAAUAAGUCAUGUAGUUAGAUAUAAAGGUGGGUUGACUCUGUCCAGUUAGUAGAAUAAGUCAUGUAGUUAGAUAUAAAGGUGGGUUGACUCUGUCCAGUUAGUAGAAUAAGUCAUGUAGUUAGAUAUAAAGGUGAGUUGACUCUGUCCAGUUAGUAGAAUAAGUCAUGUAGUUAGAUAUAAAGGUGGGUUGACUCUGUCCAGUUAGUAGAAUAAGUCAUGUAGUUAGAUAUAAAGGUGGGUUGACUCUGUCCAGUUAGUAGAAUAAGUCAUGUAGUUAGAUAUAAAGGUGGGUUGACUCUGUCCAGUUAGUAGAAUAAGUCAUGUAGUUAGAUAUAAAGGUGGGUUGACUCUGUCCAGUUAGUAGAAUAAGUCAUGUAGUUAGAUAUAAAGGUGGGUUGACUCUGUCCAGUUAGUAGAAUAAGUCAUGUAGUUAGAUAUAAAGGUGGGUUGACUCUGUCCAGUUAGUAGAAUAAGUCAUGUAGUUAGAUAUAAAGGUGGGUUGACUCUGUCCAGUUAGUAGAAUAAGUCAUGUAGUUAGAUAUAAAGGUGGGUUGACUCUGUCCAGCUAGUAGAAUAAGUCAUGUAGUUAGAUAUAAAGGUGGGUUGACUCUGUCCAGUUAGUAGAAUAAGUCAUGUAGUUAGAUAUAAAGCUGGGUUGACUCUGUCCAGCUAGUAGAAUAAGUCAUGUAGUUAGAUAUAAAGCUGGUUUGACUCUGUCCAGUUAGUAGAAUAAGUCAUGUAGUUAGAUAUAAAGGUGGGUUGACUCUGUCCAGUUAGUAGAAUAAGUCAUGUAGUUAGAUAUAAAGGUGGGUUGACUCUGUCCAGUUAGUAGAAUAAGUCAUGUAGUUAGAUAUAAAGGUGGGUUGACUCUGUCCAGUUAGUAGAAUAAGUCAUGUGGUUAGAUAUAAAGACAAUAAGUCAUGUAGUUAGAUAUAAAGACAGUAAGUCAUGUAGUUAGAUAUAAAGACAACAUGGGGGAUCUGCUGCUGCACCUGACUUGGGUUGAUCACCUGCCAUUUUUUAUCAGAAGAUAAAGGUUUACUUUUCUGAUGUCAUGAGAUGAAUCUCAAGAGCUCUUAUUUGAUCUAUGUUACCUUCAGAAUAGAGACCUCGUGUCUUGUUCACAGGUCCUGAGAUCCAGUUAACCCUCAAAUCCUUGAAUAUUGUGCUCGUGACAGUAAUCAGUGCACUUGGGUCUGAAAGAGACAGGUAUUGUCUCGCUCUACAAAAUCAGCUGUUUUAGAAAUGGGUCUGUGAUUCUUGAGGCUGCUUUUAUCCAGAAGUUCACACGUGAAAUGCAAUAAACGGAAUAAUCUUGUCAA